CAAACUUCUUCAAACACUGUUAGAGUCGUAGAUCGAAGCGCAUUUCAGUAAAAAAGCUAAAUUGAAAUUCAUAAUUUUAACAUUUAAAAAAAUUUCAUCUUGUUUUUAUAGAGUUAUUCAUUUCAUGUCAUAAAUAUCUUAUAAUUUUCUUAUAUUCAAGAUUUCAGGUAUUCAUAAUGUUUCAUAAAGGAGGUGAUGGCAAACCGAGAGGUUUUGGAUUUGGUGGUUUUGCAUUAGGCGGAAAAAAGCCAGAACAACCUGUAGCGCAUUCUCUUUCAGCAAUGCCUCCUCCAACAAUGGUGAAUAAACAUGGAUAUACUGGCCUUCAAGCAAUUACACAAAAUGCAUUAGAUGCUACCUAUGGUAUACCUCGUAAAAGGCCCAAAACAGAAGAAGAGUAUUUUGAACAAGAAGAUGAAGACGAAGUUCCUAAUAAUACUAACACGCUUGCAUAUAUCCCUGCACCUGGUAGCCCUGGUUUGGACUUGCAAAAUCAGGAUAAAGAUUCAGACAGUGAGGAAGACCCAUUAGAUGCAUUUAUGGCUGGAUUACAAGGGCAAGUUGAAAGAGAAAAUGAGCAUUUGGAAAAAAUGCAAAAAAAGAAGGAAGAAAUGAAAGGUAUACGGGAUGACAUUGAAAAUGAAGAUGAUGAAGAAUCAUAUUAUCGAUAUAUGGAAGAAAACCCUACAGCUGGUCAGGAGAAGGAAGAAAGUGAAGGAGAGUUGGAAUAUGAUGAGGAUGGCAAUCCUAUAGCACCUGCUAAAUCAAAGUACAUAGAUCCUUUGCCUCAAAUUGAUCAUUCAGAGAUUGAAUACCAUGACUUUGAAAAAAAUUUUUAUGAAGAGCAUGAAGAAAUUUUGAAGUUAUCACCAGAAGAAGUGGAGCAACUUCGAAAUAAAAUGGGAAUCAAAGUAUCUGGUGCUCUACCACCAAAAUUAGUCACAAGUUUUGCUCAUUUUGGUUUUGAUGAAAAACUGAUGAAAGCCAUAAGGAAGUCUGAAUAUACCCAACCUACUCCAAUACAAGCUCAGGGCAUACCAGCUGCUUUGUCUGGUAGGGAUGUAAUUGGGAUUGCAAAGACUGGAUCUGGAAAAACAGCAGCAUUUAUUUGGCCAUUACUUGUUCACAUAAUGGAUCAGAAAGAUCUAGAACCUGGAGAUGGCCCCAUUGGUUUGAUAUUAGCUCCAACUCGAGAACUUGCUCAACAGAUUUACACUGAGGCUAAGAAGUUUGGGAAAGUUUAUGGAAUAAAUGUGGUAUGCUGUUUUGGUGGUGGAAGUAAAUGGGAACAAACAAAAGCUCUUCAAGAAGGAGCUGAAAUUGUUGUUGCAACUCCAGGACGAAUGAUUGAUUUGAUCAAAGCAAAGGCAACAAAUUUGAAAAGAGUAACCUUUCUUGUUUUAGAUGAAGCUGAUCGAAUGUUUGAUAUGGGAUUUGAACCACAGGUUCGUUCAAUAUGUGAUCAUGUACGGCCUGACAGACAAACUUUGAUGUUUAGUGCUACUUUCAAGAAAAAGAUUGAGCGUUUAGCUCGUGAUGUUUUAACGGAUCCUGUACGAAUUAUUCAGGGUGAAUUGGGAGAAGCAAAUGAAGAUGUAACUCAGAUUGUUCUUGUUAUGCCUGCAGGACCUGCUAAGUGGGUUUGGUUAACUAGUAAACUUGUAGAACUUUUGUCAGCUGGCAGUGUCUUGAUAUUUGUCACCAAGAAAGUUAAUGCUGAAGAAUUGGCAAAUAAUCUGAAGUUAAAAGAAUGUGAAGUGGCUUUAUUGCAUGGUGAUAUUGACCAAAAUGAAAGGAGUAAAGUAAUUCUUUCCUUUAAGAAGAAAGAAGUUCCAGUACUUGUUGCAACUGAUGUUGCAGCUCGUGGUCUUGAUAUCACCCAUGUUAAAACAGUUGUGAAUUAUGAUAUUGCGAGAGAUAUUGACACUCAUACUCAUAGAAUUGGAAGAACUGGCCGUGCAGGUAG